AUGCCUGCCGAGAUAGCGGAUUCGGACGCUGAGUCCGACUUCAAUUCGCCCGUCAAGAAGACAGUGGCCAUGGAGGAAGUGGCCGGCUUCGGUGACGGUGCGCGCCCAAGCCAGGUCUCAUUAUCAGGCUAUGACUUCGAUCAAUUCCUGGAUCCCACACAGCGUCUUUCCUCUCUUUCCCCUGGCCACGCCAACGGUGCACCCACCGCUAGUGAAUUGUUAGCAGGCCUGCCCAGUGAGAGCUCGCCGAUGCAGAUGGGUCGCGGUUCCGACGCAUCACUGGUGUAUGGCAAGAAAAGAGCGCAUAGCGACUACCAAGACCCCUCUGAGACUUUAUUCAAUGAACCCUCUUUGAAAUCAGCAAGCUCCAAGCGGACAAAAACCUAUGCGCACUCUUCGAAGCCUCGAGGCAUUUUACACGAUAUUGAUUUGUUCGCGCCGUCCGCGGAACCAUACUCAGGAGAAAUCCAUCGCUCAGAAUCCGACCAAAAGACAUCGGCGUUAAACGUUGACCUCUCCAUAAAGACCGGUCCGCCUAAUGGGGCAGUGAAUCUUUUGGGGGAGUCUUUGACAGGCUCAACGCAUCGACUUUCGACUUCCGUGGCCUCCAUGGGUCAGUAUGAGUCCAUCAAUUUGGACUUUCGAGGUUCGGGGCAGGGCAUGGAUAUCAAUGCCAACCCAUUCGGUUCACUCAGUCAGAUUUCGAGUCGCGAGCUGCAACUUCCAGACCAUACUGGUUCUGCUGACGGCCUGUCCACCAGCGCCGAGUACCAGCCCGAAGAAUAUAAUCAACGCAACCUUGAAGUUCUUAAGAAUCUCGACCUACCCCAUCAGCAUUUGUCUACCAUGGAGCUGAGUUCGCCUCGUCCGCUCUUGCCUAUCAAUCCCUAUCGGAUCAUGCAAAACGACGGCCCAACGGCUGAAGUUACGGAGGAAAUCGUGCAAGCGGCCGAUAAAUGUACAGAUGCACCAAUAACAAUGGCAGAGCCUGCAAGUAAUGCGACUGUCAUUGAAAAGCCUCCACCUAAAAAACGCGGACGAAAACCUAAGAAUUCUCAAGUAUCCUCCAACACACCGUUUCCUGCAGUUGAUGAUGAUAUGGACGAACUCGCGAUGCACGAGCUAGCAACUGUGAAUCGAUCUCGACAGGGGACGGUGGACUCCGUAUACUCGCAGGCUUCUCAAGCAUCUACCGGGAAGACAUCGACAAGGAAACGCAAGAGACAGUUGUCAACACAGGUUGGCGAUGCAAGAGAACAAUCGAGACAGUCUACUGAACCAUCACCUGUCAAAGAGCCAAGUAGCGAAAUGAUUCUCGGCGACGAAGCACUCAUUGGCCUACCUAAGGAGCAGUAUAAGCCUCGGCCCAGCCGUUCUCGCUCCAAAAGGGUGGCUGACGUCGAAAAUACUGAUUCCCUCUGUCUUGAGCAACAGACUCCUGCCAAUAGCAAGAUGGUGGAUUUCGAAGAUCCGAAAGAACAGACGCCUGUUGCCGCCUCUACCAAGCCGAGCGCAAAAAAAGGACGCAAGAGUAAAGUGAAACGAGCAAAGACAUCUGCCGCGGCCUUGCUUAAACGUGGCGAGCCGAUGCUCAGCGAAGGCGAAGAUGAUGUUGUAUGGAUGGAUACAAAGCCUGCCCCAGUCAAACUGGAUCUACCUCCGGACUUGAAAGUCCUCAAGAAAGAGGACGACGUUACGGAAGAUAUCGAAACCGCAAAAGAUCCCCAAAAGGUACAGCUGCAGGAGAUUGUUCAAGGGGGUAAGGUGUCGGUGGAGAUUCGAACAGACGCUCCGGCAGAGGAUCAGGAGCCCGUGGUAGUUCCUAAAAAGCGUGGCCGCAAACCGAAGAAGACACCGGCCGUCUCCGAAACCAAAACCAUCGAGGAACAGGACGAGCAGGUCGACAAGAAGCGAAAAGCACUGGCAGAAAAAUCCGGAAAUAUGUCUAGUGACCAUCAAGACCAAGCCAAAGACGAUGACCCGAAAGUCCCGACUGUAUCGCCUCUAUCCUCUCCUGAACCUGAAGAACAGCAAAAACCUCUAGAGCAGACCCCGAAAGUCGCUGUGGUGCUGAAUCCACCACCGAAAAGUACGCCAGAUAAACCUCCUUCGACGCACUCGCCUAUCAAAUCGACACUUCUCUCAGCUGGAAAGAAAACAAUCUAUCGUAUUGGCCUUUCACGAAGACAGAAUAUCCCAAGCCUCCUUCGUAAGGUUCAACGAGACAAGCCUCCCCCGAAAAUUGUUGUCCGUAAAGAGAAGGAGAAUAAAAAGAAGAAAAACGAUUGUUCUGACGACGAAAAUACGGAUCGGAAUGAAAUGAGAGGCGCUGAUGGCAUGUUGGUCGAAUGGGACUUUUAA